AUGGCAGAGAAGAAUCAGAACCAAUACCACCCUCCUGAAUCGAAUGGCUAUCACCGGAACGAUCAAGAAUCGCUUCAUGCCAUGGAGGAUGAGGAGGCCAAGCGCAAGAAGAGGAUGAAGUGGACGAUUGGCAUCAUCGCCUUCGUCAUCUUUCAGGUAGUCCAAGCUCUCUUCUUCGUUCUGGUCAUCAUGAAGUUCAAGUCCCCAAAGUUCAGGAUCGGCGACCUUGCCGUCCAAACUCUGACCGUCGGGACUCAAGCCUCGCCUUCGUUCAACAUGAGCUUUGUUGCCCCGAUCAGAGUCAAGAACACCAACUGGGGUCCUUUCAAGUACGACGCCUCCACUGUUUACUUCACUUAUGGUGGUGUCCAGGUGGGAGAAGCAAUCAUCCCCAAGAGUAAGGCCAACUUCAAGUCCACCAAGAAGAUUGACGUGAGCGUGACUCUGAGCUCUUCUAAUUUGCCCAGCAACAUCAAUUCGAAUCUCGGGAGCGAACUGAGUUCUGAGAUCAUAACUUUGAUCAGUCAAGGAGAACUUAAAGGAAAGAUUACAGUCAUGUUCAUGUUUAAGAAGAAAAAAACCUCGCAAAUGAAUUGCACCAUGGAAAUCAAUACCACAUCAAAGGCGGUCCAAUCCUUAUUGUGUAAAUGA